AUGCACCCAGAAAACUCAAUUUCCGAAAGAAGAUCAAAAUAUAAAAGGGGACAAACAAUCAGAGUUUUCCGCCAGGGUUUACAACCAGUGAACACGAACAAUAACAAUAGGACGUCUCUAGUGUGUUUCUGUCUACCCUGUCUCUUCUUUUAUCUUGUGUCUCUCACUCACGCUUACUUUCUCUGCUUCUCCAUAUUUUCCUCUCCACUGCCGUACUUUACUCACUCUUUAUCGGACUCUCUCUUAGCCUCUCCUACUUCCUCUAUUUUUCUGUGUUUACAUCUCUCUCUCUCUCUCUCUCUCUCUCUCUCUCUCUCUCUAUCCCUGUUUCUACCCCACCCUCCCUCCACGGUCAUCUUGUAUCGCUUGUCGUCUCAAAUAAUUGGCAGCUAUUCAAGAUGGCAGCCAGCGGCCACGUCCAGACAGGGUACAACGGCCAAGUACUUCGUUCGGGCACGUGACCAAGAAAUUUACAUGUACUCGGCGGUGACCAACCGUCACCACCCGGUCAACAACGCCAUUAACAUCAUCAUCACCACCCUGUCGGCAUCCAGGGCGUCCUUGCAGUGUUGUGUUGUGCUCGACGGUAAGACCCUCUAUGUCACCCCGGCUGAGACGUUUUUCCGGUACAGUACGUCUGAUGUUGCCUUCAUUGCCAACAUAUUGGAGUUUUUCAGCGACUGGCAUCUGUACCGCGCUCGGCAGUACUCUUGCUCGCUACCGGACAUUGGUCAUUCUGCCGAAUACGUGACACUAACCUCAUCUCUGUGUACUCCAGAUAUCAGAGACUAUCUUAAAAUCCUCCACCCCCCACCGGUGCCAGGUGGACUCGCUCUAUGCGCAAAAAUAGCUUACAAUGGAGGGCUUGACCCCGAGAAGUUCAUCGAGUGGGUUGAAGUUCAAAGACUGUUAGGGGUGGACAAGAUACUUAUCUUUGAUUUAGGAAACCCGGAAAAUCUAACGCGGGUAUUUAGAUACUACCAAAAUCAAGGGAUUUUAGAUGUCCAGCCUUAUGAGCUGCCGGGAUAUCCGGAAAACAGGACAAUUUGGGGAGCUGCCACAGCGACAGACCAGUUCCAUCACGACGAGUCCAUGGCUGUCUUGGAGUGCAAUCAAAGGAUGUCCGGUUACACGUUUGUGAUGAGUCAUGACGUGGAUGAGUUCAUUAUACCAAGACAGGACGUCACUUUGAAACAGUUCUUCCAAGUAAGAGAAAAUGGAAUCGUACCAAGACGCCGCUGGAUUCUAUUUUCACGCGGAAUUUUUCGUGUACGGUUGGGGACCCAGCCACCCAGAGGAGGAUCUCAUGGUCACCCGCUACAGGAGGGCCACUGA